AUGGCUCCCGCCCCCCGCGCGUCCCUCCGCGGGUCCCUCCCCCGGGUCCCUCCUUCCCCGAGAGGGAGGCGAGAAGCCCCGCCCGGGACUGGAGCGCAGGCAGCAGGUCCAGACGCCUCUGCGCCCGCCCCUGGGAGCCCCGGCGCCCCGGAACGCGCCUCCUCGCCCCCUCCCCCUUCUCAGGGUCCCUGCGGGUUCCCGCGGGUCACCAGGAGGUGGUGUCCCUCCCGCGCCCGCCCCCGGAGACAGGCGGGAACCGUGGACGCUCGGGUCCCGGACGGGCAGGGGCAGCUGGCGUCUGGGGAAGAAGGCAGCUGCGCCCGGGUCCCCUCCCUCCCCGGCCCCCAGGACCCCAGCCCAGGCUCGCCGGAGCCCCCGCCGCGCCGUGGAAUUCCCCGAGCGGCGCCCCCACCUGGCGGGCAGGGGGCGGGGAGCAGGCCCGUGCAGGCGUGGGGGGAAGUCCCCGCCCCCUCCCCCGGCCGCGGCUCCUCUGAUCUCCCCGCGCCGCCCCCGGGGCCUGGGGGAGGCUGGCGCAGGUGCGUGGGAGGGCGGGGGCGGGGGCCGGGGAGCGGCGGGGGCCCCGGGGCGCCCCGCUACGACCCCACCCCGGCCCCCAGCCAGAGCCCCCUGUCCCCACGUCCACCCUCCCCACCCCUGCCCAGGCCCCUGCCAGGCUGUCCCCCGGAGGACGUGUCCCCGCCCCCCAGCCCCUCCCCACCCAGUCCCCCAGCAGAUGGAGAGGCAAGAUGGGGGCGCAGGGACGACCCCGCGCGGCCAGGGUGCGGGCGGCGGUGGUCGGACCCGCCGGGACUUCACACUCAGUGCCCUGGGGCUGGGGCCCGGCCGCGGAGAGGGGCCUUUCCAAGGAGGUGGGCUUGCGGGGACCCCAGGGCUGUGCCCGGGUACCCCUCCCGGGAGCCCUUUGAGGGCCCCGGCUGCCCUGCCCAGCACCAGGCUAGGAGUUUCCUGCGCCCCCGAUCUGCGCGAGGAGCCCUCCUGACCCUCCGAAGAGAGAGCAGCCGGUGGCCGUCAGCCUUCCCGGGGUCUCCCCGCUGUGGCCCGUGA